AAUGCGGAGCAGGGCAGGGAGGCGGGCCUUGGCUGCUGUCAGGGUUGGGUGCGCCACUGAACGGAUGGCAGUGGGAGCCGAGUGGAUUCCUGAGCAGCAUCCGCCGGCUAUUUGAAUAUCAUCAGUUACCACCCAUUGAUGUCAAGAUGACUAAGCUUGGAUUUUUGCGGUUGUCCUAUGAGAAGCAGGACACACUUCUGAAGCUUCUCAUCCUGUCGAUGGCUGCUGUGUUAUCAUUUUCUACUCGUCUCUUUGCUGUCCUGAGAUUUGAAAGUGUUAUCCAUGAGUUUGAUCCGUAUUUUAAUUAUCGGACUACCCGGUUUCUGGCUGAGGAGGGGUUUUAUAAAUUCCAUAACUGGUUUGAUGACCGGGCCUGGUACCCUUUGGGCCGAAUCAUUGGAGGAACAAUUUACCCAGGCUUAAUGAUCACCUCUGCUGCAAUCUACCACGUACUGCAUUUUUUCCAUAUCACCAUUGACAUUAGGAAUGUCUGUGUUUUCCUGGCUCCUCUCUUCUCCUCCUUUACCACCAUCGUUACAUACCAUCUUACCAAAGAGCUCAAGGAUGCAGGAGCUGGUCUUCUUGCUGCUGCCAUGAUUGCUGUAGUUCCUGGGUAUAUUUCUCGGUCUGUAGCUGGCUCUUAUGACAACGAAGGAAUUGCUAUCUUUUGCAUGCUGCUUACUUAUUACAUGUGGAUCAAGGCAGUGAAGACUGGUUCCAUCUACUGGGCUGCCAAGUGUGCCCUUGCUUAUUUCUACAUGGUCUCUUCAUGGGGAGGUUAUGUGUUCCUGAUCAACUUGAUUCCUCUUCAUGUCCUGGUGCUAAUGUUAACAGGCCGUUUUUCUCAUCGGAUCUACGUAGCCUACUGUACUGUUUAUUGCCUGGGUACCAUUCUUUCUAUGCAGAUCUCCUUUGUGGGCUUCCAGCCUGUCCUUUCAUCAGAACACAUGGCAGCCUUUGGAGUGUUUGGUCUCUGUCAGAUCCAUGCCUUCGUAGAUUAUCUGCGCAGCAAGUUGAAUCCACAGCAAUUUGAAGUUCUUUUCCGAAGUGUUAUCUCACUGGUUGGCUUUGUCCUCCUCACCGUGGGAGCACUCCUCAUGCUGACAGGAAAAAUUUCUCCCUGGACAGGGCGUUUCUACUCUCUGCUGGAUCCUUCUUACGCUAAGAACAACAUCCCCAUCAUUGCGUCUGUGUCUGAGCACCAGCCCACAACCUGGUCCUCCUACUAUUUUGAUCUGCAGCUUCUCGUCUUUAUGUUCCCAGUUGGCCUCUAUUACUGCUUUAGUAACCUGUCUGAUGCUCGGAUUUUUAUCAUCAUGUAUGGUGUGACCAGCAUGUACUUUUCAGCUGUAAUGGUGCGUCUAAUGCUGGUGUUGGCACCUGUUAUGUGCAUUCUUUCUGGCAUUGGUGUCUCCCAGGUGCUGUCCACAUACAUGAAGAAUCUGGAUAUAAGUCGCCCAGACAAGAAGAGCAAGAAGCAACAGGAUUCUACUUACCCUAUUAAGAAUGAGGUGGCAAGUGGAAUGAUACUGGUCAUGGCUUUUUUUCUUAUCACCUACACUUUUCAUUCAACUUGGGUAACCAGUGAAGCCUACUCUUCUCCUUCUAUUGUACUGUCGGCCCGUGGUGGGGAUGGCAGUAGGAUCAUUUUUGAUGACUUCCGAGAAGCAUAUUAUUGGCUUCGUCACAAUACACCAGAGGAUGCAAAGGUCAUGUCAUGGUGGGAUUAUGGCUACCAAAUUACUGCAAUGGCAAAUCGGACAAUUUUAGUGGAUAAUAACACAUGGAAUAAUACUCAUAUUUCUCGAGUAGGGCAGGCAAUGGCAUCCACAGAAGAAAAAGCCUAUGAAAUCAUGAGGGAGCUGGAUGUCAGCUAUGUGCUUGUCAUUUUUGGAGGCCUUACAGGGUAUUCCUCUGAUGAUAUCAACAAGUUUCUUUGGAUGGUCCGGAUUGGAGGAAGCACAGAUACAGGAAGACAUAUCAAGGAGAAUGACUACUAUACUCCAACUGGGGAAUUCCGUGUGGAUCGUGAGGGGUCUCCAGUGCUGCUCAACUGCCUUAUGUACAAAAUGUGUUACUACCGCUUUGGGCAGGUCUACACAGAAGCCAAGCGUCCGCCAGGCUUUGACCGUGUUCGAAAUGCUGAGAUCGGUAAUAAAGACUUUGAGCUUGAUGUCCUGGAGGAAGCAUAUACCACAGAACAUUGGCUGGUCAGGAUAUACAAGGUAAAGGACCUGGAUAAUCGAGGCUUGUCAAGGACAUAAAUGUUACAUUGUGCCCUGAUAUGCUUCGCACUGAGCGCGUCAUAUUGAAGACGCCGAAGAUUUUUUUUUUAUAUAUACAGUUUAUAAGAACAGAGCCGGAUGGGAUUAGAAUUGUCUGGAAGUUUUGCCCUGGACAGUAUGGGCUGGGCCAAAUGAAAUGAUUUUUAUAAUUCUGAGCAGGUUACCAAAUGAAAUGUCAUGGCUUUACUUGGUCAAUUAAAAGGGGGUAUUUUUUUUUUUUUUUUUUAAUGUGCCUUAUUUGUUUUGACUUAAAUUGGCUGAUUUGAGGAUCACAGAAGUGAUUGGAUGGAAGACCAUAUCCAUGCUCUAGGUCCCCAGAUGAACCAAAUAGCAUUUUCUUUCUCUUUCCUAUCAGCAAACUCAAGGACUAGCUCUGGUUCUACAAAUAUAAAAACUUUUUCACACUUCUUGUUUUAUAGCACCUGGUACAAUGCUUUGCAUAUAAUGGGUGCUUAAUAAAAAUUUUUAUCAAAUGAAUAAAUGUUUAUGGGACCGGAAGAGUGCUAUUUCUGAGCAAGGAAGACAGCUUUCUUGCUGUUAUACCUAUGUUCUCAAUGUCUUUCUUUAGAAGAUCUUUGGCUUUGUAAGGACAGAAAGUUGCUAAGUAUUCCCGAUCUCACCAGGAUUCUUUUAAACUAGUGAGGGUUUUUCUUAUUCUAAGCAGGUAGUGAACCAAAUGUGACUAAUCCAGGAGUUUUUAAGACUCAGUGAAACAUAUUAAUCUGAGAGGAAGACACUCCUCUGACAUCACAUAUAGAGGUUGAUGGGUCAGUAGAUGUUUCUGGAAUCAGAUAUAGUUGUAUGUACCUAUAUGACAUUUAGGUUUUUCAGUACUUCACUAAAUCUGAAACACAGUAAAUGGCUCUUUGCUCUUGUCCUGUAGACUGCACUAAAUCUCUUGGGGUUUCCACCAUGAGCUUCUGUUUUUCUUAGUGUCAAUCUGCUGUGUUCAUAUGCCACUUCAGGCUUGAUUACCUGGUUUUGAAGGCCUUGCUAAAUAUAUAACUAGGAAGUAGGAAGUGUGGCUACUAGCAGGUACCUAGAGAUCAUUGCCAGUCUGACUGUAAGAAAAGAGACUUUCAAAAAUGUUUUAACUUCAAAGCACAGGUCUCAUAGUUAUUUUAUGCCAAGAUAAGCAGCUUUCUGUUCAGUAUAAUAGGACAUUUCAUGUAUUUAACAACAUAGGACAUAAUCACUGAUGUAUAUAAACUGUCUUAAAAAAUUAGUUGAACCUGUUUAAGAAGACAGGAAUUAUAUGACUUUUAGAUAGUCACAUUAGUACUCUGUGCAUAUAUGCUUAGGUACACUUGUAUACCUAAGGACUUCACCUUCAAGCCAGUUUAUGUACCAUGUACUUUAACUGUGGUUGAAAUUUAGAUUUAACAGAAGAUUUGAUUUCCUAUAUGUAAAUAUAUUACUUGAUUUAUAUACAUAAUUACUGCCUACUGGGAAAGGUUAAUCUGAGAUUUAUCAAUAUUACAGAUUAUUAGUAAGCUUUCUCUAUAGUAUAAAUGGGAUAACCUUUUUUCAUACUAUUUUAACUCCUGGGAUUUUGAUAUUUUCUAGUUUACACAGAUUUUUUUUUUUUUAAAUUGCUUUCAUUUUCAGUUAUAGUCCACUUAGUGUAAAAAAAAAAAUCCAUCUAAAAAACAAUACACUUUCACACAUCCCUUCCCACACACCCAUUCACCCUCUAGAGACUCCACAUUCAAUUAUGCUGACCUCCCAUUAUUGCCUCUUGCCUGACCAUUAGUAACUUGCUUUGUUAUGUUUUGGUAUUGUAGUUUGAGGUAGCAUUGAUUUGGGUGGGAACAGAAAUUAGUACCUUUUCACCAUCCCUUAUAUCAGUGGUUCUUAACUCGUGGGUUGGGACCCCUUGGUACACCUCUGUCUCCAAAAAUAUUUACUUUGAUUCAUAACAGUAGCAAAAUUACAGUUAGAACUAGAAACAAAAACAACUGUAUUUUUAAAGGGUCUCCAAAUAAGGUUGAGAACCACUGCCUUACAUAUUGUGACAUAUUUUUACUGUCAUGUUAUAGCUGUGAUUACCUUUUAUCUUUCCGUUAUUCUCAGUUAAGAUGUGUUAUAUACUGUUAAUUUUGGAUGGUGGUUGUUUUUAAGACAGGUCCAUGUACUUAGGCUGGCUUUGAACUUGUAAUUUUCUUGCCUCUACCUCCCAAGUGUUGAGAUUACAGGUGUGGGCCACUAUAGCCAGCUAGUUACUAUUUUUCCUCUAUAACUUCUUUUAGGAAGUAAUUUAAUUUUUAGUACCUAUUAUAAAUCUCUCCUACCCCCUCACUCCCUAGCCAAUUCUCUUUCAUUUGUGCCUAUUUUCUCUUAAUGUGAUCAAAUACAUUCAUUAACCAACUUUGGCUUUUUUGAGACAGGGUCUUUUGUAGCAGGGGUUGGCUUUGAAUUCCUGAUUCUCCUGCCUCUAUUGGGAUUCUAGGUAUAUAAUCAGGCUACCACACCUGACUACAUUGUUUACUUUUAAGAAUGUCUUUUAUUUUUCAGCUUGAAUUGGUUAACUCUCCAAGUUUGUUGAGUUGUAUUAUUUCACUGUUGUAUUUGUUAAUCUUUUGCCUUUUUUAUUGAUUUGCCAUUUCUAAGUAUCUUCUUAAGAAAGUGCGUGGGGGGGGGGGAGUAAAUUCCUGGAUCUCUUCUAUUCAUACUCAAUGCAUAGCGGGGUAAAGAAUUCCAGACUGUCACUAUUUUGCAUUAUAAAGGCACUGGCCCAUUGUUCUCUA